GCAACUUGCAUUCAUAUUGUCUAUGAUGCCUCAAGUUCCUUUCAAAUCUCCAAAUGCACUAAGCAUUGGCGCCCUCAGUUUUUACAGUGAUGGAUAACUCGGUCGACCCUGAAAAUGUCACCAUUCCGCUGACGUACAUGCCCCAGCAAGCAUGCAUUUGGAAACCAGGCGAUGAUUGGACAGGUGUUGUAAAUCAGAAAGAAAGGAGACGGUUGCAGAAUCGACAGAAUCAGAGGAUCUACCGAUCAAGACAAAAGGGUCACGGCGCUCAAAUGUCAGAAGUCACACAGUCCUCUGUGUCUUCAAGAUCAUGGUCAAGCUUGUUACUGCGCCGGCCUUCCUCAUGUCAUGCUCAAGUUGAAGAUGACGAAGAUCUCAAAUGUGCACACGCCCCACCUCACGCACGAGAAUAUCUUCGGCAAUUUGAGGCCACAGCCCGGCAAAGCUACCUGAGUGGCUUUCCCCGCAUAGAACAUUUGAUCAGCCUCAGCCGUCUCAAUGUCCAUCGUGCAAUUAACGAGAAUAUACUCGCGGCAGGGAUGGCCCCUGACUGGAUGAAAAGCGACGAUUCGAUAUCGAUCUUCAAUCUCGUGCGCCCUGGUUUCACCGAAGAUCUUAUCCCACCAAGUUUACGUCCGACGCCCAUUCAGCGGCAGAUCCCUCAUCAUCCUUGGUUGGACUUUUUCCCUUUUCCCUGCAUGCGGGAUAAUCUGAUUGCUGCUGGCGAUACAUUUGAUGACGAAGACCUAUGUCAUGACUUAAUGGCUUUUUGGGACACGAGAAAUACGGGUGCAACUUUACUCGUAUGGGGUCAGCCGUGGGAUCCUCGAAACUGGGAGGUUACAGAAGAGUUUGCAAGAAAGUGGGGUUGGCUGCUCCAAGGGUGCCCAGAGCUGUUAUCUUCAACUGAUAUUUGGAGGAUGAAUAGAGGAGAGAAGCCUUUGGCUUGGAGGCAAAUUUUGCGGCUAUCGUUAGCAGGAACGAAUCAUUCCGAAUGAUACCUUGAAGGCUUUAACGCCUGUGUCUUUACGAAUCAACACGUCUAUUUCUAUUUUUAAACAGAUUUGACAAUGAUGAACUGAAAAGAAAU